GCAACCGCAUGUGAUGUCAUUUCUACGCAGUUACCGAGUUGUUCAGGAUUGUUACGCAUUGUGCACUGUUAUUUUCAUCAACCGAUGCGCAUAACAGUUAAAUAUAAAAUAAACAAAAGAUGCAAAAUUUAACAAAAUGUUCGAGCCGGCAUUAUUUUAUACCAUACAAAAUAAUAAACUUGUCUUCGAACCAUGAUAUCGUCUUUAAACAUGGAAUUGAUACAAUUUUUAACCUCAGAUAUAUAAAUGCUAAUGGGAAUAUUAAAUUGAAAAGAUUACCGAUUUUAGAAAGACAUCAUUUAUUAAAUAAAGCGCAUACAAAAUAUGGCAUGGUACAAUCGGCACUGCAGGAUUAUUUCAAUAAUCAAUGUAAAUUAUUAAAAUUUGGAAGCUAUAGAAAUUUUAGUACAAGUUCUUCGCAUAAUAAAGAAGAAGAUAAUAACAAGUCGUCAAAAAAUAAUGACUCGGAUCCUGUAAAAUAUAUAAUAUUGAGUUUUUUAAAAAUUGGUGCGGUAGUAGCAUUUCUAUAUUUUAUUGGAAAACAUAUAUUAUUCACUUCCACAGAAUCCACAGCAAAUAUUUCCUGGCGAGAAUUUGUACAAGAAAUGUUAGCAAAAGGAGAAGUGGAGGAGAUCGUAGUGUUCCCAUCAACAAAUAUGGUAAAAAUACAUCUUUAUCCAGGAGCAAUUAUUAAAGGACAAAAAUUACUCUUCCAUUCGUAUACUAUGCAUAUUCCAAAUAUUGAUCAAAUAGAAGAAAAAUUAAGAAAAGAAGAGAAAAAACUGGGUAUAAAACAAGAAAAUGGAAUAUCAGUGAUUUAUAAUCGAAAUUCAGAACGUAUGAUAUAUAUACUGAGAUUACUUAGUCUUAUCCUCCUUUUAUAUACACUCUUCAGUAAAACGUCUGUUAUAACUAAUUUUAAACCAUUUAUAAGUAAAUUGAAAAGUGCAAACUUUACAUUGGUUGAACCAUCAAUGAAACAUGGCAAAGGUGUACGCUUUGAGGAUGUUGCAGGGCUAAAGGAAGCCAAAAUAGAAGUUAUGGAAUUUGUAGACUAUUUAAAACAACCUGAACGAUAUCAAAUUCUUGGAGCUAAAGUACCUAAAGGUGCUUUAUUGUUAGGACCACCAGGCUGUGGUAAAACACUAUUAGCAAAAGCAGUUGCAACAGAGGCAAAUGUACCAUUUUUAUCUAUGAAUGGUUCUGAAUUUAUUGAAGUACUUGGUGGAUUAGGUGCUGCACGUGUCAGAGAUUUAUUUAAAGAAGGAAAGAAAAGAGCACCUAGUAUUAUAUAUAUUGAUGAAAUUGAUGCAAUUGGUAGAAAACGUUCAGAAUCUUCAAUUAAUACUAAUGAUGAAUCUGAACGAACUCUAAACCAGCUUUUAGUAGAGAUGGAUGGAAUGAUAUCGAAAGAGAAUAUCAUUGUUCUAGCCUCCACUAAUAGAGCAGAAGUUUUAGAUAAAGCACUGCUGAGACCUGGCAGGUUUGAUAGACACAUUUUAAUAGAUUUACCCACAUUGGCAGAAAGAAAACAAAUCUUCGAAUAUCAUUUAAAAAAGAUUGCUUUGCAAGAAGAUGCUUCUAAAUACUCUCACUAUUUAUCGUAUCUAACACCUGGGUUUACUGGUGCUGAUAUUGCAAAUGUAUGUAAUGAAGCUGCAUUAUAUGCUGCGAGACAGAAAAAAAAAAUUGUUGAAGGUUCUGACCUUAUGUAUGCAAUAGAUAGGACAAUAGGUGGUACGAAAAAAAUAACUAGUACAGUAACACCAUCCAUGAAACGUGUUAUUGCUUAUCACGAAGCUGGCCAUGCAUUAGUAGGAUGGUUAUUAAAAUAUACCGAUGCUCUGCUUAAAGUAACUAUUGUACCUAGAACAAACUUAAGUUUAGGUUUUGCUCAAUACACUGAAAGUGAUCACAAACUUCAAAGUAAAGAAGAACUCCAUGAAAAAAUGUGUAUGAUGUUAGGUGGCCGUGCAGCAGAAAAUCUAAUUUUUAAUCAAAUAACAACUGGAGCUCAAAAUGAUCUAGAAAAAGUAACAAAACUUGCAUAUCUUCAAAUACAACAGUACGGAAUGUGUCCUACUUUGGGUCUACUGUCCUUUGAUGAAGAAUCCACUAGUCAAAGAACUAAGAAACCAUAUAGUAAACAAUUAGGAAAUCUAAUGGAUGCUGAAGCGCGACGAUUAAUAGCAGAAGCAUAUGAAAAAGCACAACAAAUAAUAGUUGAUAAUAGAGACAAGUUGGAAAAAAUAGCUGAAGCUUUGAUAGAAAAAGAAACGUUAAAUUAUGACGACGUAGAAAAGUUAAUUGGUCCUCCACCAUAUGGAAAAAAAAAUCUUAUUGAGCUAGCUGAAUUUGUCAUAUCUAAUCAAACUGACGAAUCACAUACUGUAAAUCCAACAGCAACAUAAUAUAAAUUAUGACAUUGUUAUAAAUAUUCAUAUAUUAUGUUACAAACAAUAAAAUAUGUUUAGUAAAUUAUAACAAAUUCAUAAAUAAUUAA